AGCCAGUCAUGCUAUUGAUAACAUCUGUUCUUCUCAUUUGCAUAUGCAAAUAUGCAAUGAGCUUACCAUGUUUGACUAAUGAAUCAGAAAAAGACUUCGACGACUCAAGAAAAGCUCUGAGCGCUCUGGAAACAUAUCUGGGAAGUACAGUUAAUACACUGGAGAGCGACAUCCAGAAAACCCUCAAUACCUUAAAGAGUCAUUUAGGAACGUUAAAAAGUAAUGUUGGUAGCAAAGUAAAGCGGCUUGAUGGAGACCUUAAAGUGUUGGAAGAAGAUUUUAGAAAAAAGAAGUGGUUGAAACAUGAUAGACAUUGUUAUUAUUAUGCUCACGAAAAGCACGACUGGUUUACUGCAGAGCAUUCAGUAAUGCAUAAAAUAUUCGUAGUCGUCCUGAUAUGCACAGGCAAGUUUGCAUUAUCUAUACGUUUUAAAGAUUUACCAUGUUUUACUGAUGAAUCACAUAAGGAUUUAGCAGAUGCUAGAAAAGAACUUUCAACAGUAGACAAUUACCUUGAAAAGACAGUAGAGACAUUGGCGGAUGAGUUUCAGAAAACUCUCAGUAACACGAAGAACCAAUUGGCGGAUGAGUUCCAGAAAACUCUCAAUAUCAUGAAAAACCAAUUGGUGACAAUGAAAACCAACGUCAGUAAAAUAGUCAAGAAAGUGGAUACUGACCUUAUUGUCAUGUCAAAAGACUUGGAAGAAGGUCAGUGGAAGAAAUAUGGAGGACAUUGUUACUACUUUUCUCCAAAGCAAGAAAAAUGGUUUGAAGCCGAGCGACUUUGCAGGGAUUUUGGUGGAUAUCUUGUAAAGAUUGAUAACUCAACUGAGAAUGAAUGGUUACAUUCCAAUAGAUCAAAGAAAAGUGAGGGAUACUGGAUAGGUCUAACAGACUUAAUUGAGGGAGAAUGGCGAUGGAGUGUAGACCAGUCACUUGCUACCUUUAAAACUUGGACUAGAAGUACUGGUUCCAGAGGUCAUACUAAUAAUUGUGUUUCUUUCGAUAGCACAAAUACAUGGUUUGACACUGGAUGCAAAACCGGCUAUUACUAUAUCUGUGAGAGAAACUUUUAUUGUGAACGACAUUAA